ACCACAGGGCGCAGGGUCGGGCCAGCAGCCCCGGAGCCGGCAGGAUGGCCGAGGGCAAGGCGGGUGGUGCCGCCGGCCUCUUCGCCAAGCAGGUGCAGAAGAAGUUCAGCAGGGCCCAGGAGAAGGUACUACAAAAAUUGGGGAAAACUGUAGAAACCAAAGACGAGCGAUUUGAACAAAGUGCCAACAACUUCUACCAACAACAGGCAGAAGGCCACAAGCUAUACAAGGACCUGAAGAACUUCCUUAGUGCAGUCAAAGUGAUGCAUGAAAGUUCAAAGAGAGUGUCAGAAACCCUGCAGGAGAUCUAUAGCAGCGAGUGGGAUGGUCAUGAAGAACUGAAGGCGAUCGUAGGGAAUAAUGAUCUCCUUUGGGAAGACUACGAAGAGAAACUUGCUGACCAGGCUUUGAGGACCAUGGAAAACUAUGUAGCACAGUUCAACGAGAUUAAGGAGAGAAUUGCCAAGCGGGGUCGGAAACUUGUGGACUAUGAUAGUGCCCGACACCACCUGGAGGCGGUACAAAAUGCUAAGAAGAAAGAUGAGGCCAAGACUGCCAAGGCUGAGGAAGAGUUCAACAAAGCCCAGAGUGUGUUUGAGGACCUAAACCAGGAACUACUGGAGGAGCUGCCUAUUCUUUAUAAUAGUCGUAUUGGCUGUUAUGUGACCAUUUUCCAAAACAUUUCCAACCUGAGGGAUGUCUUCUACAGGGAGAUGAGCAAGUUGAACUACAAUCUCUACGAGGUGAUGAGCAAACUGGAGAAGCAACAUUCCAACAAAGUCUUUGUGGUGAAGGGACUGUCAAGCAGCAGCAGGCGCUCUUUAGUCAUCUCUCCCCCAAUUCGAACAUCUUCAGUCUCCAGCCAUCUUACCUCACCCACCAGCCCCUCUGCACUUUCCUUGACAAGUGAGACUGAAUCUAUCUCAGCAGCUGAAGAAGAGCUGACAUCUGAUGCAACCCAAGGAGAAGAUGAUUCUAAGAUCAAAGAAAAAUCCUUAAAAGAUGGGGAAAUAGAGGAAGGAGGGUCUGAAGUAAGCUCCUCUGAGGAGGAAGAGCCUCUACCAGCCUGUAAUGGCCCAAACCAGGCCCAGCCCAUGCCCACCACUGAGAGUGACAAGUGCCAGGAGGAAGUUCUCCCUAGCGUUCAAGCUCCAGCACCAGGCAGAUCCCUGAACCCUUCAAAACAGCCAUCCUCUCUUCCAGAAGUAGUCCUACGAACCCGCACCUCAAGUGAAGAAUCUGAACAACCAAAGAAGAGAGCCUCUAUCCAGAGGACCUCAGCACCCCCUAGUAGGCCUCCCCCACCCAAAGCCCCUCCAAGCCCCAGGCCCACCUCAGGGACCAUACCCUCUAGCCCUCCAGCCUUUGAAGGGGGUUCACCCUCCAGCCCUAGGGCCCUCUUGGGGACUGGGACUCCAAGUCCUAGGUCCUCCUUAGCAGCCUCUCCUGAUCCAGAACCACCAGAGAAGCCAUUAAGAACUCCUGAAGCCAGAGAAAAGGAAAACAUUCACAAUCUGAACCCAGAAGAACUUCGUACUUUCCCCACCUUGCACACCUCUCAGGUUUGUUCAGGACCUGGAGAGAUGGGGAAGGUGAAAGGCAAAGAAGAGGACAAUAAACUUAUCUCAGCCAACUCUCUUGAGGUCCAAGGCCCUCAGCUCCAUGUCUCUGCACUUGCAGGAGAAAACAUCACAGCACCUGAGCCUCAAGAAGAGGUAUUUGUAAGUCAAACUGCACAACUCUGAAGAGAAAUUGCCAAGACCUCCCCUAUACACAUCUCCCCAGAGAAACUCCUUAACCGAAGGGGACAGAUAGGUCAAGGGGUAUAAAGCUGCAUUCACUUCCACUGCUCAGGCAGUGUGGAUGCUGGUCAUCUCCAAAGACCUGGCAUUAAUGGAGGCUGAGGAGCAGCCUUAGGGGAGGGAGGGAGGAAGGCAGGCAGGCAGGUUUGGGAGAGGAGAAUGACAGACUCAGGAAUAUUUUAACUCAGGUUUUAGAAACUGUUAGAAGAAUAAGAUUUUAUGUGUUUAAAUGGGGCUGUUUUAACUAUAUAAAGCAAAAGUAUCUGUAUACACGAACACUUGUUCACUCAGAGACACACAACCACACAUACUCAGAGGAUAGUGGACAAAUUUGUCUUUGACUUAACACUCAUUUUGCAGGACUUAAAGCCAAAGAACAGGUUUUCAGAUUGCUAAAUAAAGUGUGAUUUUG